AUGCGGCAUAAAUGCUGUGUCUGCUGGGAACUUCCCCACUCGAAAAACAUCGUUGGCCUAGUGUGCGGUCAUCUGUACUGCACCAGUUGCCUUCGAGACUUCUUCGUCAAUGCUACUGAUGCCGCGUCCCUUUUCCCUCCCAAGUGCUGCGCAACUCCAAUCCCCCUGCGUCUGGCUGAAGGGCAUAUGACCAAAGAAGAGCUCGACAGAUACCGGAAAGCAGAAGUCCAGUUUUUGACAGCCAGCUGGACUCGUUGCAGCAAUGCGAAAUGCGGUGCAUCCAUCUCGCCGGACAGGAUCACCGCGUAUCAGGCCAGAUGCCCGGAUUGCAGACUCUCCACCUGUAUUUGGUGUAAAGCGGCCUCCCACCCCGGGGAGGAGUGUGCUGCGGAGCUUGCUCUGAGGAGGACUCUGGCGCUGGGGAAGAGGUUGGGCUGGAAACAGUGUCCUAAUUGCAAGGCUCUGAUCGAAAAAAGAGACGGGUGUGAUCAUAUGAAGUGUCGGUGUAUGGCUAUGUUCUGCUAUAAAUGCGGUGGGCGACAUGGAAGCUGCCGCUGCUGA